GGCCCGACCGCGAACCUCCCAUCGUCCUAAGUCUCCCUCUGCAUCUUCGUCGUCCUCCGCUCCGGAAUUCUGCGAAUCCUGAACCGAAGCGAGCGAGCGAGCGAGCGAAACCAGCAUGAUUAGCAUUCUAGCUCGGGAGCGCCUGCUUGGGGCUGCUCUGGGAGGCAUGCUCGCCGGAGUGAUUGUGCUCGAGGAACGGAAGAGGAUAUACCGGUCCAUUUCCGAUGAUCGGUCUCGCCUCGCCGCUCGCACUCAGAAAAGAGAGCCUAUAUUUGGCAAAGAAUUUCGCACAGAAUUCGCACACCUGUGGAACCAGUCAGUGGAUAGGAUGUUGGGACCGGCUAUUGAGUAUCUUAGCUCUCGUGGGUGGUAGAAAAAUCUGAGUUGUUUUCCCAAUACAUGGAACUUCAUAAUUUUUUUUGUCUAAAUAACUUCUGUAAUGUCCUUCUUGUAUUUGUAUUUCUCCAUUUCCUCUUCAGUUGACCAGCUUCUUCAGCUAGGCCCGUCAGAUAUGAGCCCUGGUUAUAGUUUUGCCUGUGCCAACAUCAAUUCAAUUCUGUUGUUUUUUCUUUU